AUGUCACGGCGAGCGCUGGUUUUCGAUGGACUAUGGUAUUCCCUAUGUCCAUCGUUCGCUAAUGCCAGUCGCUCAACAAUAUUCCAUGAACACAGCCGGAACUUGAGGAUAUCACGGUUACCCCCGAUCUCCGUCGUAAACUCGACUCCAAGACGGUGUUACAGCACCCCAUUCGACGGCAACCCAAACCCGACACAAUACUCAGACCAUAACAACCCUCAAAUUCCCGAAGACCCCGAAUCAAAUGAGAUCUCCGAACACAAUGAUGCUUGGCCCAGCCAGAAAACCCGGCGUGAACACACGCGACAACGGAAGAGCUGGCACCCCCGAUCCUACCACAAGGUGCAGGAAGACCUCCUCAAAAAGCCAGAUAGUGCUCUAGAAGCACUCUUACAACACAUGGCAGAUAAACAACCGAAUCUUCGACACACAACACAAGUACUACGGCUUCUCAUUCGGGAUCGUCAUAUUAGGCCAACAGCUCGCCACUACAAGGCAUUGAUCCUCGCCAAUACAGAUUGCGAGCGGGGAUCACCGAAUAUAGUACGAGGGCUACUGGAAGAAAUGGAGGAGAACGGGAUUACAGCAGACUCGGGCACACUCCACGGUGCAUUGCAGGUCCUCGCUGUACAUCCGGACUAUUUACUACGGCAGGAAAUCCUCUGCAAACUUCGAGACCGGUGGCUUACGUUGAGUCCGGCCGGUUGGCAUUUUGUGGUAGCUGGUUUGCUUCGUGAGAACCAGAUCGAGCUUGCGCUGGAGCAGGCUGCACUUAUGGGGCGGAAGGAUAUAUUUAUCGAGAACUGGCUACAUGGUAUGAUGAUUUACACGCUUUGCGAUCAUCAUGAAUUCCAUGAGGUGUUCGAUUUGAUGUGCGCUCGAGUUGACCAAGGCCAUGACAUGAGCAAUCCUCUUUGGGCGCAUGUCUUGACCACGGCCAGCGAAUAUUUGCACCAUCCUUGUGUUCGCUUCGUGUGGCGGCGCAGAGUUGAACUAGGCUAUAUGCACCCACCGGCUGAAAUAUGUCAUAACGUUCUCAAGGUGGCGUCCAAGGUUGGCGACACAGAAAUUUCCUUGUCUGUAUUCCGCUACCUCUCUGAGAAUAACAUUAAACUUGGUCAGGGACAGCAUGAGCAGUUUGUCGAGGCGCAUGUCUCAGCCGGUGAUCUUCCAGCCGCGUUUGAAGCACUCUGCAGCAUGCAUGAAUCCGGAACCCCGCUCGCAGCUUCCUCGACCGAGGCUGUCCUUGCAUACAUGAUCGAACACAAGACCGAUCGCCGGGAGGCCUGGCAGAUACUCAAGCGGCUGAAGAAUGAGAAACGAUACAUUCCCCUCGACUGUGUCUGUGUCAUUGUCGACCUUUGCGAACACAAUUCCCACGAGGACCCAUCAGUCGUCGACGAUGGCGUGGGCUUCUACAAAGAGCUCUACACAUUAUGUCCCGAAGGGGCAGACGUGCGAAUCUACAACGCGCUGAUUCGAAUGUGUCGAACAGCAAAGGACCGCCAAUCUGGCAUGUUCCUAGUGAAAGAGAUGGCGUCACUUGGGGUUGUACCGAACGCAACAACCUUCGAGUCUAUCAUCCUCAUGUGUUUGGACGCGGGAAAUUUCCGCUCCGGCUUCAUGUACUUCCAAGACCUGAUCAAGCGGGACGCCAAGGUCAGCCCGGAAACACAGAAGGAAAUCCUCGAGAUCUGCAGUGGAUCUGUGGAUGAAUUCGCAAUGCGACUGCAGUAUCACCCUUCAAUUAGAGAGGACGUACAGAGGCUCGACGACGAAAUCCAGCAGCAGAAGGAGGAAUGGGAGGCACUGCAAAAAUCAGGGGAACCGAUCCACCCAGCAGUUCGUCGCAUGAAUAUGUCGCACGAAGAACGGGUCGAGGUGAACAAAGAACGUCGCAGGAAGAAACGCCGGUUAAUGGCUAUUGCGCGAAAGCAAGAAGGCCGAGCUGAAUGUGGUGAAAGUCCUGAAAAUGGGCCCGAGUGA